GGGCAGUGCACUCUUCCCCGAGGAUGCAAGCGGCAAUCGAAUCUUCGACAACAUACCCAUUGAAGAGACCUGGAAGGCAAUGGAGUCCUUGUUUGAUGUUGGCCUAGUAAAGUCUAUUGGAAUAUCGAAUUUCAACAAGUCCCAGAUUGAACGUAUCCUCAAGAUCUGUCGCAUUAGGCCGGUGAUGCUACAAGUGGAGAUUUCAGUGAACUUUCUGAACGAAAAACUGAUUCAGUACGCUAAGUCGGUCGGCCUUCAGGUGACCGCCUACUCUCCCUUUGGUUCGCCCUCCAUGAAAAAGUAA